GUAGAAAACAUAAACAUCGACGAAUUUAUUAUGUACGAGUAACCAGUAGUGUCAAUGAUGUUUAAAUAUCAAUUCAUUUGACUUAUAAUGCUCAGUGUAUUCUGAGAAAUAUACGUGAAUUUGUAAUGAUUUUAUACAUAAUUUUAUUUCUUCUUUUUGUUUUUUUCAUUAGAACUAUAAUUAUUUUGAAAAGAGUUCAAUGUAACAACAGUAACAGUUUAGUGGCCAAAAUACCAUUUGUCAAAGUUAUGGCAAUUAUUGGAUCUGGUGGACAUACAUCAGAGAUUAUCCAGCUGAUCCACUCACUGAGUUAUACCUAUUAUCCACGAAUUUAUGUCAUUGCAUCUUCUGAUAAAAUGAGCCAAGAUAAAGUUCUUGAGCUCGAACAAAAGUUACAAGUACAUGCAACUCAACAGCAUUGUAAAGAACAUUAUCAAGAGUUCUGUAUUGAAAAAAUUCCACGCAGUAGGGAGGUUCACCAGUCAUGGAUUACAACAGUUAUCUCCACUAUAUAUUCUAUCCUUCAUUCAGUCCCUUUACUUCUCAGGCACAAACCAGAUAUGAUUUUAUGUAAUGGUCCUGGGACUUGCGUUCCUGUUUGUCUUGUUGCGUUCUUUCUAUCUGUCAUAGGUAUGAAGAAAAGCACAAUUGUUUAUGUGGAGAGCAUCUGCCGAGUACAAACACUUUCUCUUUCGGGUCAGAUUCUGUAUUAUUUUGCUGAUUAUUUCUUUGUGCAGUGGCCUCAGCUGAAAGCAAGAUAUACACGUGCUACUUAUCUAGGUCUUCUAGUAAAUUAAUGUUUGAUUUUCUUGUCUAGGGAAGCACAUUACUAUUGGGCUUGCAAAUUGUUGUUUGCUAAUUUGCUACUAAAGUCUGUUUUAAUAGAAGGUUUCUUGUUAUUAUGGUUUUCAGUUAAGAAAUAUAAUGUACAAAUAUAGAUAUGCAUUUUACAGUUUGUAUUGGACCUGAUGAUGACAAAACCCUGUCGAAACAUUGUACAUUUGCUGUUAUAUUAAAGUUUUUCUUCAUUACCCACUCAAGCUGUCUCCAGCCAUUAUUAAGACAGUGUGUUGUGAAAAUAAACUUGGAAUUAAAUAUUUACCCAUAUCAUAAAUGAAUAUUUAGAUAAGUGAAAUAGAAAGAAAAUUGUGAUUAAAAAUCAAUAAAUGGACAAAUUAACUUUAUGUUUUGUACACUUAAAUCAUAGUUGGUUGAUAUAAAGUUAUUUUACAGAUAGAAUUAAAGGAAAAGGUAAAUGGGUUGAAUUUCUAGCACAGCUCAGAUAGUGCAUGCUUACGUGUAAAUAUUAACAUGAUGAUUUUAUGUGUUAAUAUUGUAUAAGUUGUUUUUAAAUCACUACUCUCCUAUGUUUUUUCUUGUUAUUUUUUUAUGCUCCAUUUGUCAGAAGCAUCAUUUCAGAUUUCAA